CCUACAGGGUGUGUCAGGCAGGCAGGCAGGCAGGCAGGCAGGGAGCGAUAGUAAGAGAUUAAUCAGGGGGUGCCUGAGCAAAGAAUGAAGACACACCCAAACUCCCAGAGUUGAAACAGGACGAAUGAGUGACACAGAAAGAGAGACAGAGAAAGAGAGAGAGAGGGAGUUUGAAAAAGAGAGGGUGUGCUGCUGGAGUAAAAAAAAAGAGGAAGGAGUGGCCUAAAAGUUUGCCACGAGAAAAAGAGAAAAAAGUAAGCAGACCAAGGCCAGUGUGUGUUUCACACCUGUCCUGCUGUCUACUAUCUUGCGAGGAGAGGAGAGGAGAGCAGAGGAGAGAGGGCGUGCGCACGCGUGACAGAGAGAACGACAGAUAAAGAAACCAGGAAAAGUGACAGCGGAGGAAAAACAAAGCGUUGGGGAAACUAAGAUAAAGCUGCGCAGAAGAAGAAAGAGAAGAAGAACAGAAGAACCAUGAAGGACAAGAAGGGAGGAAGAGGACAUGGAGUUCCAGAUGGAAAGGAAGUGGCGGCUCAGGGGAAGAGCGCUCCCGAGGGGAAGCAGGAAGACGACGGCUCAUUUCCUGUCAAGGUCCAGGGGACAGGAGUGGAACCCUUUGAGCAGCAGGUGCAUGUGUUCUGGCUGGUCCAGGAUGUGUUGCUGGCCCUGCUGGCUCGUGAGGAGGUGGCCCCCCGCACCUCCUUCUCCCUCUCGCUCUCCGGCUCCCCCCUCGACCCCCUCACGCCCCUGCAGCAGCUCAAGGGCCUCAAGCCCGGCACCACGCUACGCCUGGUGGAGGAGCCCUACUCUCCGCGUUCUGCUCGUGCUCACCUGGUGCGAGUGCAAGACCUCCUGAGGGCAGCAGGACCCCACGACGCCCUGAGAGACGGACACUCACCUAGCAUCCUCAACACACUCACACACACACACUCCACAGAUGCUCCCCCUGCUGGACACUCCUCUAAGAGUGCGAAGCGUGCGGCCAACAACAGCAAGACAGAUGCGUCCAGCCAGGAGACGCCCCCUCCAGACUACAUCCUGCCCGGAGCUACAGAGCGCCCCCCUCUGGCCACUCUGGUGCCAGCAGACCCACUCAGCGAGGUUCCAAACUGCCUUUUGGACCUGUCACUCAGCUGUUGGAACCCACCCCCUGGCCCCAGGAAGCUGCAAGGUGACUUUCUGUACCUGAGUAUCCGAACCCGAGAAGGCCGCCAUUGUGACAUCACGUCCUGUCCACGCGGCUUCUUCCUGAACAGGUCCACAGCUGAGGUGUUUGACCCUCGGCCCGCCGCCUCCACCUCUGUCUGCCACUGCCUGACCGACCUGCUGAAUCAGAUCAGCCCAGAGUUCAAACAGAGCCUCACCGCACUCAGAAACAGAAAAGAGCGUCCUUCUGAAGAGGGUCUGGCGGCUCCGUACCGGGUGCUGAGCUGGCUGGGUCCUGCCUCUGCCACGCGCUCCCACAGGAACACACACAGCAACCCCCUGGCACUGCAGGACCACAUCAUCCCAGAGACUCCGGACUGGAAUGAGGAGUUGCAGGCGGCCAGAGGGCUGUCACAGAGGACACUAGAGGAGAGACUGCAGAGGGACAGAGUUAUCCAGCAGGUCAACAGUGCCUUUGUGUGGGCGGCGACACAGGGUGCAGAGACUGUGAUUGACGGCUGUGUGGACCCAAUCAACAGCAGCCUUGACGACAUGGCCUUCUUAUGGAGCGGCGUGUUCCUGAGCCAAGGCGGGGCUGCUGGCGCCCACCUGGGAGGGGAGAGGGGCAAGAGGGCCGCUCAGCGCCUGGAGCUCCGCGCUGUUCAGGCCUACAGUCAGCUGGAGGUGGAGCAGCAAGGCCUCCACACGCUCCCCACCGCCGUGGUGGACUACCGCGGCGUGCGUCUCUCCGCGCAGGGUCUGGCGCCCGGACUGCAGAGCUCAGAGGCCGGGGCCCCCCGGGGGGGCCUCCUGUACGGCUACGCGGCGGGGCCCAUGGAGAACCCGCACCGCCGCAAGCUGCUGGAGCUGCUGGCCCAGGCCGCCAAGGCACUGUCCCUGCAGAGGCACGCCGUGGUGGGGCCUCUGGGACACCAGGUGCCCCUCUUCACCUCCGUGGAUGCCCAAGGCCUUCUGGGAGCUGACGGGCGCUACUACGUACUGGACGUGUUCCGCACCAUGCCUGCCGACGCCAACUACCAACACGACGAGAAACAAGAGGAGGAGGAGGAGAAACAAGAGGAGGAGAAGAAGAAGGAGGGAGAGGGAAGUGCGGCGGGAAAGGCUGAGGUGGGGGAGGGAGAGGCAGCAGCACUGACCGCUGACCCCAAACAGACUCGCGACUUCCCACAUGGCCUCUGCCGCCUGCGGCCAGAGCUGGUGAAGGCCUACCUACACCACAAAAACAGCCAGUUCACGCAGCGAGUCAAAGAAAGGAUGGAGGAGAAUGGUGGAGUUGAGGAGUGUGUGCAACCAGGCGAUCCCCGUGGGGCAGAUGCGGUAAGAGGAGCAUGCCAAGAUGUGGGCUCCAUCAGUGACGUCAUCUUUGAGAUGCGGUUGAACCCCAAUGUUUACACGCCAGGAGUGGAGUUCCCUAGCUCUGAAGCAGCAGCCAUUCAGCUCCAGAAGAGGUUAUUGGGGGAGGCAGGCUCAUUUAUUCUCACACACCAAAUACCAGCACUGUUGGAAGACUGUUCGCACUGCCAAGAGAUGCCCAUAGAUGGCGCCGGCCUUUGCCGUGUCCUGCACGAGAAGGGAAUCAACCUGCGCUACCUGGGUCAGCUGACCACUGCUAUCAGCCAAUCAGAAGACAAGGAACGACUUCGACACAUAACAAGGUUGGCAUACUGUGAGAUUGUCUUGCGUUCAGCAAGGAGAGUCUUCAACACCUACAUACAGUCGGUGGAGGUGUCCAGCCUGUCGUCGGCGGUCAGCCAUUUCCUCUGCUGCCUGCUGGUGCCUCACUACGCCGCAGCCUCCGGAGGGGAGGAGCAGAAGAAGAAGUCCAGGAGGCGUGGCCGCGGAGGGGGAGGAGCAUCCGACAGCUUGGCCUGGAGCGCGCUCAGUGGCAACGAGCUGUGGAGCCUGAUUGGUCAGGAUGCCGCAGUGACCUACGGCCUCACGGAAGGACUCGGUACCACUGUUGACCAUCUGGUGGAGCACUAUGGAGCACAGAAGAUGUCGAUGCUGAGGGAGUUCUGUCUGAAGACUGGCAUACAGCUCAGGCUGCGAGACUACACCCUUGACAACCGUAACAAGGCUCCCAUUGGCCCUGACGACGUGUACAACAUCCUUCCUGUGGUGAAGCACCUGACUAUGACGUGCCAGGAUGCUUCAAUCAUGUUCCGCGCCGCAAAGAUGUACCUGCAGAAAGGCCAGUUGGACAGAGCGUAUGACCAGCUGAAAGAGGCUUCCUAUCUGUUCGGUCGCGUGUGUGAUGAUCUCCAUCCUGAGGCCUGUAGCUGUCUCGCUCUGAUGGCCAAGGCCGCAUACCUGCAGGGACACCCUACAGAGGCCCGUAGUGUCCAGCUGAGAGUGGUGGUGAUCAGUGAGAGAGUGCUGGGUUUCGACCACCCCAACACCAUCGAGCAGUAUGCCCUGUUGGCCGUGUACGUGUUUGCGGGCGGUGAGACGGCCUUGGCUCUGCGGUGUCUGUACCGUGCACGCCUCCUCAUGCUGUUGGUACACGGAGAAGACCACCCCUACAUCGCCACCCUGGACAGUUCUCUGGGUCUAGUGCUACAGGGACAGCAGUCCAUCCAGUACCUGCAGAAUGCUCUCAAAGUCAACUCCUUCUUCAGAGGGCCCAUGGAUGUCAAGACUGCCCUCAAUCACCAUCUGUUGGCCCAGAGGAUGUGUGUGGCAGGAGACUACAGAGGAGCCAUGACACAUGAGAAAGAGGCCCUCAAUGCAUUCCAGAACAAGUGUGGUGAAGAGCACCCCCAGACCAAGUGCAGUGCGGACUUCCUGAAAGCCAUUACCCAGCAGGCCGUGCGAGUGGAGCGCUCCCUUCGCCAGGGAGCAGCUGAGGCCUCCGACUUGGCCAUGCCCGAGCCUUUGGCGCCCUCUGCUGAGACCACACUGGAACAGCUUGCCCUGGUCAACGGCAUCCUGAAGACCUCCUACAGUGAGAAAAUGCUUCGCAUCAAAGAAAAACUGAAAGAAAAAGCACUGGAAGAAGCCACAGCAACUCAAGCAGCUGCAGUGAACGCCGAAGGAGAAACCCCAUCACCAGAGGGCAACGUCAACGGUCAGUUGAGCCCUAGUACUGACACAGCAACUCCGACCGCUGCAGAGAACGCUGAAGUGGAAACCCGGUCUCCAGAGAGCAAUGUAAAUGGUCAGUUGAGCCCUAAUACUGACACCGACUCAUCCACCCUCAAUGGAAGUUGCUCCGCAAGCGACACAGACGAGGAGGGAGCUGCCUUGACAGAUGGCGGCGCCGAAUCAAAAUUGACCAAUGGAGAAGUGAGCCCCACGGUGCCUGAAAACCAAUCAGACGAUGGCUCGAUAAAAGUGAACGGGGAGUCUGGACCUCACGGGGAGGAUGACAAGGAAGAAGAAGCAGUGACCGCUGUAACCAAAUCAGUGGCCAAGGUUGCCAUCUCCGUGGAGGCAGAUGUCCAGUCAGACGCCAUCUUGAGUAAUGGAGGAGACAGUGACGUGAUGAUGACCAAUGGGCAAGAGGCCACUGCACUGCCAGACUCUGAGUGACAAGACUACCAGCGAAUCAGAAGGAAGUAUUUUGGGAAGGGCAGAGGGAACAAACCAAUUGCAGCCAGAAGAAACACCCUCUAUGCAAUCAUUGGCUAAAACAUCUUUUUUUCCCCCAGAUAAUGAUUGGAGAUUAGGACUCGUUUCUAAGAGUACUAUUACCAUUGAGUUUGCUUUGAAUGUAACCAGGCGAGGUGUAAGCACUGAGAUCACACAUCCAAGAACAGUAUUUUGUUCUGAUUUCCUUUUUAAAUGCAGACCUUGUUUAAAAGCUUUAUAGUCACAGCAACAGUGCUUCCUUUUGAAUUGUGUUACAUCCACUGCUCCUGUGUCUGCAAAGUCUGACUCUGAGGUGAAACUUUGUCUAAAAUCUGGUGCUUUGCAACAUGCCACUUGUGUGACACCGUGCGUGACAGAAAAUGAAUUAGCGCUGGGUGAUAUACUGAUACUUUUGGGGAGACUGGUGCUGAAGAGUUCUUUGAACACGCAAAAUAUUUUAUCAUAAGUCAUGAGUUCUACACUUGUCUUAAGACUGUUUUAAUGGAGCAGUACCGUAAAUGAAAAUGAAUACAUGAAAAUAGAGGCAAGUGCUGUCUCCACUUUGAAGUGGCUUUGACCAAGUCGAGACGCUGCGUCAAAUACAGACUAUCGAUUUGGUAUCCCAAGAUCUACAUGAUCACCUCCAAAAAUAAAUUGUUAUUUCCAUAAUAUCAAUAUAUCACCCAGCCAAACAAUACAAUCAGUGAGAAGAAAAUGGAAUACGAGGUAAUGAUUUUUUUGUAAGACAAUGUGCCAAAUGAUGAUAGAGAGAGGCAGAGGAUAUGGUGGGGCGAGGGACAAUGUGUACCAUUAUCCCAACUCCCAUCCUCGAUUGCUUAUGGGGCCUAUACUACAAAGCUGGUUCAGGAUAAGUUAUGGUUAAGAGGUAAAUCAUCUAAUACAAGAGCUUUUCUUACGAAAAUAAGGACUCCAGGCUCUUCUAUUAGAUGAUUUACCUCUUAACUUAACCUUAACUUAUCCUGAACCAGCUUUGUAGUAUAGGCCCCCUGGACUUCCGCUUUGUUGACGCCCUGCCUCCAAGGAAGAAAACGAUAAGGUUUCCCGGCUGUCAGCAAACAACGUUUGGGGGAAAUUUCCCCAUUCAACAUCCCGCUUGCAAAUCAGAAAUACAUUUGAAUUGCGCAUGUGCGAGAUAUUGGCGACGCCAUCACGCACACCACACGCACAAGGGAGGAUGGGAGCUUGAAUAAUGGAAUAUACACAAUGUCAGUUAGACUUGCCAUGUUGUCUGCAGGGGACCAUGUGCCUGGGGAGUCUUCCAAUAACAUGGUUAGGUGAUAAACCUGGCUAAGUUAACCUACAUGAAGUGGUAAAACUGCUAAUAGAUAGCUCACAGGUGUUAUUUAGUUAAGAAAAUGAGGACUCCAGGCUCUUCUAUUAGAUGCUUUACCACUAACUCAAGGUUAACUUUACUUGGAUUACUACUUAGCCACGUUCAAAGCAUACUCCCUGGUGCUGGGAAGAGAGUUGUUGCUGUGGCUGUCUGAAUGGUAUUUUUUUUUACACGGUUACAAUAAACGGGACACUUUCACAAAAGGGUUUAGCGUGUUCUUUAACUCUUUCUCACAGUUCCACAUUUUAAAAAAAUACUAUUUUGGGGGCACUGUGGUGCAAAGCAUAGAGCAGCUGUACCAUAGGCCUGGGGACCC